CGAGAGCUGACAGAGUUUUACUCCCCAAAACCUCAAGCAUGGAGGUGGAACACCCCUCCCACCCUAAUCAGUCCCUGGGGCCCCCUCCUCCCCUCUUGCCUCCCCUGCUCAGGGGACGUCACUCCACUGGCAGCGUCGGGACUGGAGGCUGGAGUCUAGAGGCAAGGCAAGGGCACAGUGUAUGAAGAAACACUGUGGACAGAGGGGAGGCGUGAAAGCACUGCUCUGCUCAGUGUACAUGCCAGCAUAUGACUUAGUGUUGAGAGCAGCACUAUAGCAGAGUUUUGAAAGGCAGCAGUUCGCAGGAGCAGUGGAUAUAGUUUGACAUUUACCUGCACUGAUCUGCUGUGCGAGCUUGAAGAAACGCACUGAUAACUCUGACAGCCUUUUGACAUCCACACAGUGUCAUUCUCACAAGCAGGUGCCGACAUGCUGCAGCAGGUUCUGUCGUUCGGCCGUUCCCUGGUGCGCAGGAAAGUGGUCGACAUGAGCAGCCUGGAGGACUCCAAGCUGUGCCGCUGCCUUGGAACCGCCGACCUCAUCGCCCUGGGAGUUGGCAGCACUCUGGGCGCCGGCGUCUACGUCCUGGCCGGCGAGGUGGCCAAGGGAGACUCAGGCCCCAGCAUAGUCAUCUCCUUCUUAAUUGCUGCCCUGGCCUCCGUCAUGGCCGGCCUGUGUUACGCUGAGUUCGGCGCACGCGUCCCCAAGACGGGUUCUGCUUACCUUUAUAGCUAUGUGACUGUGGGAGAAAUCUGGGCCUUCAUCACCGGCUGGAACCUCAUUCUGUCCUACGUGAUAGGUACCUCCUCAGUUGCCAGGGCUUGGAGUGGCACAUUUGAUGAAAUGAUAGGAGGGCACAUAGAGGUGUUCUGUAAGACCUACUUCAGCAUGAACUAUCCUGGUCUGGCUCAGUACCCUGACUUCUUUGCCGUCUGCCUGAUACUGCUGCUUUCUGGACUCCUGUCAUUUGGCGUGAAGGAGUCGGCUUGGGUCAACAAAGUCUUCACUUCAGUCAACGUGCUCGUACUCUUGUUCGUCAUCAUCUCCGGCUUCGUCAAAGGAGACACAGACAACUGGAAGAUAACUGAAGAAUCCCUUAUAAAUGUCACCAUAGUAACAAGGAACUUGUCGGUGACGGCCAACGUGAGCAGCGAUUAUGGAGUUGGAGGAUUUAUGCCCUUCGGCUUCAGUGGGACCUUGGCUGGAGCCGCCACCUGCUUUUACGCUUUUGUUGGAUUUGACUGCAUUGCCACCACAGGCGAGGAGGUGAGGAACCCCCAGAGAGCCAUUCCCAUCGGCAUCGUGGUGUCACUGACCGUGUGUUUCCUGGCGUACUUUGGCGUGUCCGCCGCGCUCACACUGAUGAUGCCCUACUACCUGCUGGACGAGAAGAGCCCUCUGCCCAUGGCCUUUGAAUACGUGGGCUGGAGCCCUGCCAAAUACGUGGUCGCUGCAGGGUCACUGUGUGCCCUCUCCACCAGUCUGCUGGGCUCCAUUUUCCCCAUGCCUCGUGUAAUCUAUGCUAUGGCUCAGGACGGGGUGCUUUUCAAAGUCCUAGCCCGAAUCAAUCCUAAGACGAAGACCCCACUUAUUGCCACUAUGACCUCCGGUGUAGUAGCAGCCAUCAUGGCUUUCCUGUUUGACCUCAAAGCGCUGGUUGACAUGAUGUCCAUUGGAACCCUGCUGGCCUACUCGCUGGUUGCCGUGUGUGUGCUGAUUCUCAGGUAUCAGCCAGAUGGAGCUCUUGAGCGGCGGGCAGGCACCGGUGAGAGGGACCAUUUGUCCUCUGAGGCAGGGGAGUCCGACCUGACGGAGUCCGAGUCCCACCUGAACAUGCUGAACGGCGGCAGCUCCACCCUGCAGGCUGUCCUGCACCCUCCCGCCUCACCCUCUGAGCAUUCCUCCAGUGUGGUCAACAUAACCAUCUGCGUGCUAGUGCUGGUCGUGUGCGUGGUCAGCUACCUCACCACGUACCACAUCUACUCCGUCCUUGGUAUGGAAGUAUGGAUCCUGGCCUUGCUGACCUUGUGCCUCAUCAUCUUCAGUGGCUGCGUCUUCAUGGUCUGCAGGCAGCCUCAGACCAGCAAGAAGGUCUCCUUCAUGGUUCCCCUUCUGCCUUUUCUGCCCAUUGUGAGCAUAUUUGUUAAUAUUUACCUCAUGGUUCAGCUGAGUGGAGAUACCUGGAUACGUUUCUCUGUGUGGAUGGCUGUGGGUUUCUUGAUCUACUUUGGCUACGGCAUGUGGCACAGCGUGGAGCGCCAGCGCAAACUCCAGGGUCCCGUACACGGCAACAGCACCCAGGAACACAGCAAGGCCGGCGGGGAGAAGCGGGCUGGUAUGGGUGCGGCGGGAAAAAACCAGGAGAGUUUCAUCUGCCCAGAAAAGACCAGCCAGUGUUAAAAGGACAGACUCUGCUAGGCGACAGAUGCAUGAAAGCACACAGCAGCUCUGCCUUGAUGCACCUGUUGACACGGGCAGCGUCAGAACUCUGUAUCAGUGGCCACAUGAUGUGGGGAGCCGCUCUAUCACUGCCAUGAACUUGCAUCCUGUAGGUCACAUUGCGCUUUACGGACAGCACGGAGACAGAAUUAAAAAAAGGACAGGUAACACACUGGAGGGUGAUGUUCAUUUCCUUUAACACUGAAGUAGUCUAUGCAGGACUGCUGCAAAGCUUUUCUCUCUCAUUAUUGACUUUAUUUUCCUUUUCUGUUAUUCUUUACACUUUAAGCAGCUUUGUACAAGCUGGUUUUUAAAUGUAAAGUCUUGGGAAUCUGUGUUUUCCGUUUUAUUCCUCCAGAGUAUUAUUAGUUUUGAAUACACCAAUUAUGUACUACUAUUAAAGGUAAUGUUAGUUUGUGGUAGAAGCACUCAUUGUUAUUUCUUUAGGUUAAAGUUAUGCUGUCAGUUACAUUUGAAACAUGUUUUGUGGGAGGUAUGACACUGUCAUUGUAGGACCUUAGACCUCAUAAAUAUGUCUAAUAGAUUUGUAGGCACUUAACAUGUCAUGACUCAACUAAUGGAAGUCCAUUAAGUGCUGGUGGAGAAUGUCAUGCUUCUGUAGGUGUUCUGCAUAGAGCAUAGCAAUCUGUAGCUGUAGGUAUUGAGGUAUCCGUAGCUGUCAUGGUGGUGACUUUACUCAGCACAGAUUUACUUUUGUAUUUUUGCUAGGGUGUGUAUUAUCUAUGAUCUGUUACAAUCUGAAUAUGAAGUAUUGAUUAUUGAUACAGAACUCUGCUCAAGAAGUAUUUUUAGUAGUAGUGUUUUUCACUUCAAUGUUGGUUGUAUGAUAUUUUGUGCUAUUUUGAUACGGUUACAGACCUUCAUGAAUUGAUUCUCUCUUAACCAGUGCACGUUGACACCCAGUAUGAAGCACAACUGUCUUGCCACGUCAUUUAGAUAAACAGGGUCAUUUUUCCAGGUUUAUUCUCUUGUGUUGGGUGUCGUACUUCAAGGUUUGGAGUCUGGGUUGCUUUAUAACCGGGUUGAAGAGACUUUUUGUGCUGAACUACAUGAAGAUUCAGUGAUGUCAUUAUUUCCUUUGGGCUUUCAGUGAGCUCUAGUUAACAGUAGAAACUUUGGGUUGUUGGUGAUCGGGCUGAUUGAUAUGCAGGGCUCGACAGUUACAGUAGCCAAGUUUGGCGACCAUUUUGAGAAACUGGCAACCAGUUCUUGGCCUCAGUUGGCAACCAAUUUUAAAAUAUAAAGAAAUAGGGACAGCAAAAAGCAAAAUAAGUUAAUGUUUGGUGCAUGUGUCAAAGGUACAUGUGACAAAGCUGCAAGAGCAGUGAUGCGUUUACUCGCGCGCACACAGGUUUCUGUUUUAGAAACAAUGUGGAGGCAACUGGUGUUUGUCUUUGGGGUGAAAAGUUUGACUAACCUUUUGACAUCACAAACGAAUGCAAAACAUGAUUCAACUGACAAACACAAAGCAGAUGAACCUGAACGAAAAACAAAAAGGAAGCGUGUGAAGUCUUGGGAGGCGAAGUGUCUGGGCGUCUUUGAGCUGGAAGGAAAAUGAUGCUGUAGAGUUUUGUUCGGUUUCUGUAAUAAAGCUUUUAUUCUUUUAUGUCCAUUUUUUCUUAUUAAGCUGACUUAAAAUUGCAUAGUAUCUUAAUUACUCAAAAUAUAUGGUGACUAAAAAUGGCAACCAAAAGCUGAUGCCCUGGUGUGUGCAGUGGUUUCAAUAAAGGUGGAACAAAUUCAGAAGCUCGUCUCAGCGGGCGUUUGUAGGUAUUCUAUUAUACUGACCCUCUACAUGAACAGUGUAGAGUCUUCCAGUGAGGUUACAGGGUAGAAGUAACCACAAUGUCAUGAUAAAGUAUCACUUGUUACCAACUGCACAAGUACAAUAAAUGUAUUUUCCAGUA